GUGUGUGUGUGUGUGCAGUGCUGCAUAUACCUUAAGGGAAUUAUUGAUUUUAAAGCUAUAUUUUCCGUUUCAAGGUCUUAAGGAUAAGUCCAGCACAGCACAUUAAUUAUUACCAGGUUAAAUAAUACCAAGCAAUUAAGCGUGUACAUAGGACAUUAAGUAGACUACGUAAACCCUAUAAUCCUAUAUAUAUUUUUCUUUUAUUAAAAAAAUAAUAAUGAUUUGUCCAUCUUUUCGCUCUUUUUCUCUCUUUCGUUAAAAAUGCAUUUGUAUUCGACGCUUAAAAUAGUUUCCUAUUAUUCAAACAAAAAAACUCAAAUCUAACGGAUAAUCGCUUGUUCUUCUUCUAUAUCUAAUAGGUCUAUUAUUAAUAAAAAAAUACAGAUGAGCGAAAUAGUGGAAUGGAUGCAACAAGACAACACGGGAGUACCUGUGAGAUGCCAGAAGAUCUUCCUAACGACAAUUCCAUGCGCCUUUACAGGUUAUGACGUUGUCGAAUGGCUAUGCGAAAAGUUAAAUAUCGAAGAUUCAGCCGAAGCUAUGCAUUUGGCGUCCUUACUAUGCCAAUACGGUUAUCUAUUCCCGGUUACGGAUACAAAAUCAUUGCAGGUUAGGGACGACGGAUCUCUUUACAGAUUCCAAACUCCCGCCUUCUGGCCAUCCUAUAAUAGUAAACCUGACGACGUCUAUUACGCAAUCUACUUGACUAAACGCAUGAUGCGCAACAAGCAGAAGCACGGCUUAGAAGACUUCGAAUUGAUCGAGCACGCUAGACUUCAAAAGACAUUGUGCGACAAAUGGGAUUUUAUACGCAUGCAAGCCGAGGAGCAAGUUAAAUUGUUAAAGGAAUGUAAAAAGGCUGAUAAAGUCGUGAGGGAUAGCCAAGAACGAGCUUUUUGGAGGGUCAGGAAACCAGGCCCAUCUCAAUUAAACGCCUUCGAGGAGGAUAAGAAAAAAUUGGCGGCCACUCGUCCGAAGCGUAAAUCUGCAGACUUCCUGCAAAGGGAGAUCGCUUUCCUUUUAAAGUCAAUCGACCGAAGUCGGGCUAAGUGUUCGCAUUCGUUCGAAUCACUUCAACACCAUUGUCACCAAUACGCUGAGCAUGAUCCAUUUCUAACUAGUCCUCAACCAUCGAAUCCUUGGAUUAGCGAUGACUCUACAUUAUGGAAUAUUGACGAUCCAAAUGCUGCAGUCUAUACGGAGAAGAGGAUGAAGAGAUGGGCUUUCAGUUUCGAUGAAUUAUUGCGAGAUCCCGCUGGUAUUCAAGAAUUUGAAAACUAUUUAAAGAAGGAAUAUAGUUCAGAGAAUAUACGUUUUUGGAAAGAAUGCGAAAAAUUGAGGUUUUUACCAUUAUCCAAGGUGGAAAAGAGGGGAGAGGAAAUCUUUUAUGAAUUUCUGGCGAAGCACGCAUCGUCCGAAGUAAAUAUUGACGGAAGAACUAUGGAGAACACAAGGCAGGCUCUAAAGAAGGCUGAUCGAUUUACAUUUCGCGAGGCUCAGGAACAUAUCUACUUGCUCAUGAAGAAAGACAGCUACGUAAGGUUUAUCAGGGGUGACGAUUAUCAAACACUUUUGGCCAAUGCAGUUUGUCCUAGUAGUAGGAAGAAAUUCUUCUCCUUCGUGUCAACUGUGACUGCGGCUAAUAAGAAACAAAAAACACCCAAUUUGAGUCCAAGCGCCAAAAGAAGGGGAAGCGCAACAGGUUUAGAAGGAAAAGCCGGAAACGGUGGACUUUCUCAACAUUCUUUUUCAACCGGAAAUCUAAGAGAACUAGACGACAGAUCUACUAAAAGUUCACCAAACGGGUCUAGCACUGACUUGAAAGACGAAAAAGAAAUUAGAAGAAAGUUCUCUGCCAAAUCUCUCAAACAGAAGCUUGACGAUCUCGUCUCACCCAAAGAACAAAAACUUUCUGUACCUAAGAACAGUCGGGGACCGAUUGUAAAUUCAAACCAGGCUAACGAUUCUUGCGGCGUUGAAACCAUUGCAGUACCGAAUGUCGUUGCUCCUUGGGAUGAUUGA